AUGAAGAGCAUUAGACGCAGGCAACUGAGCGGCCGCAGCAACCUUCGUCAUCUCGCGCAACCGGAAGCGUGCACCAUAGAAAGUCAAUGUAAAUAUAACCUGGAUGGCUGGACAUGGGAACGAAAUCAACUAGGGUUUCGAAAUUUGCUACAUUUCCUUCCGAUUUUUACCUGGAUUUUGCGGAGCGUGUCGAAACUUGUCGCUGCUAUGGUGGAGAUUGAGUGGGGGGAAAUGGAAAGGUGGGAGAAAGCGGGAAUUGAGGCUCAAUUACAAUGUCGAGUGAGUGCGUGUUGGAUUUGGAAUUCAUUUUGA